AUGAAACAAACUGAAGGAUCUUCACUAUAUGACACCAUCACCAUAGAUCUUCACUAUAAGGACAAUUUCAUCACCAUAGAUCUUCACUAUAAGAACACCAUCACCAUAGAUCUUCACUAUAAGAACACCAUCACCAUAGAUCUUCACUAUAAGGACACCAUCACCAUUGAUCUUCACUAUAAGGACUCCAUCACCAUAGAUCUUCACUAUAAGAACACCAUCACCAUAGAUCUUCACUAUAAGGACUCCAUCACCAUAGAUCUUCACUAUAAGGACUCCAUCACCAUAGAUCUUCACUAUAAGGACACCAUCACCAUAGAUCUUCACUAUAAGGACACCAUCACCAUAGAUCUUCACUAUAAGGACACCAUCACCAUUGAUCUUCACUAUAAGGACUCCAUCACCAUAGAUCUUCACUAUAAGAACACCAUCACCAUAGAUCUUCACUAUAAGAACACCAUCACCAUAGAUCUUCACUAUAAGGACUCCAUCACCAUAGAUCUUCACUAUAAGAACACUAUCACCAUAGAUCUUCACUAUACCAGGCAAUAG